CCCGCGACCAUCUUUGUUGAUAAUCAAGCAGCCAUCCAAUCCGGUGAGAGCCAUAGAACGAAACCGGGCAGCUAUUUAGUAGAAAACUUUCGUAGGAUGACCAGGCAUCUAGCCAAGAAGAGACGCGAACGAGAGAUGAACUUUGACCUAACGGUCCGCUGGGUUCCCGGACACACAGGAGUAAUGGGGAACGAGUUAGCAGAUGUGGCAGCGAAAGAAGCAGCAGAGGGAGAGCAUCAGAACAGCGCAGUGAACCGCCUCCCCACCUACCUCCAAAACGAACCCCUGCCAGACAGCGUAUCCGCUCUGAAGCAAUGGCACGACAACGCACUGCAGAGAAGAUGGACUAAAGGAUGGGAAAGAUCGCCCCGAUACGCAAGGACCAAAAACAUAGAUCCAUCCCUACCCUCAAACAAAUUCAUCAAGCUCGUAGCCAACCUACAGAAACGCCAAACAAGCAUUUACACCCAACUCCGCACUCACCACCUCCCCCUUAAUCGCCACCUGCAUCGCCUCGGAAAAAGCAAGUCCCCACAUUGCCCACUAUGCCCCAACAUAGACGAAACCGUUCAUCAUUACCUAUUUGACUGCCCCCAAUAUGUCAGAGAACGCCACUUCCUCGCUAACUCACUCCGCCGUCAAGCAACCUCCAUCUCGUACAUCCUCACAUCCGAAAAGCUACUCAACCGCUCAUGCGCUACAUCAACUCCACGGGAAGAUUCAAGUCAACGUUUGGUGAGAUUUCGGACAGCUAAUAUGUAUUUCUACAAGUUCACGCACCUGCACAGUACACUACAACGCUACACUAACAUCAACCUUAACCUUAAUCACCUCCGAGACUGAAGGGAACCCUCGCUGGACGAGACGUCAAAA